CGGCCAAUUUCGCUGGAUCGGAAGUGAGACACAGAGCUCUUCACCCAGCCGGGUGUCAUGGCGGGGGUUCCUUGGAACCCGCGGCGCGGGCAUGUGGUGGAGCGCAUGGUCUCCAUGCCCACCCGGCGGGCCGCGGCCGCGGCGCCGGUGGUGACAACGGCGACGGCGAAAGCGCGCCCCGUGCCAGUGCAUGGGGGCUUUGCCACACCCAGCUCGCCCUCGCGCGCGAAGGCGCUCGCGGCCCGGGCGCCGUACCCAAACGGGGCGCCUGUGGUGAUGACCUCGGCUGGUAGCCCGCGGAUGCAGCCGCGAGGCAUGCGCGGGGAAUUGCGAGGCCCGCCGGAGACCCGGGCCUCGGUGCGGCCGGUGUGGCGCACCGGCACCUCGCCAGGCAGGAGCCACAGCGCCGAUGCGCUGCCACCUGGCCCGCAAGCCGCAGCCGCCGCUGGCUACCCGCGGCGGCGCGAGUCCCCGCGAGGGGCGGAAGCUACCGCCGCCCGCGCGAGGGAGCGCGAGAGGGAAGACCCGCUGUCGAGGACCCAUGGCUCAGGCGUGGACCUGCUGGCUGAGGCGCUGAAAGCGGCGCCCCUGCAUUGGGGAGGCUCAGGCGCGCCGCCGAGCUCCGAGCCUCGGAUCAGCCGCUGCGUGAGCGCCAAGACCAGGCCGAAGCGCAGCCCUCAACGCCAGGUCUCAGGCCGCUCCUCCCAAGAGCUCAUCUCUCCUCGCGCCGCGACGCGCGGCAUCUCUGGCAGCGUCUCCGAGCGGCGGUCCGAGCGGGCGGAAAGCGCUUCGCUGGAGCGAUGCCCCAUGCCGGAGUCCCCGCGCGACCAGAUGCGCGGCUUCUCGCCAGGCGAGAGCCCCGACGGUCCGCGAGGCUUGGAGCAGGCGCUGCUGGACCGCAUCGCCGCUCUGGAGGCCCAGGUCAUCGACCGCAAGGGCCUGCUCCAGAAGAUCAGCAAGCAGCAGGAGCAGCUCGACCGGCUGGAGAGCCUGGCGAAGGAGAACGCCAUGCUCAAGGCGCAGGUGGCGCGGAAGCCCUCCGCGACGGCGCUGGGAGCUGCGGUGUCCACGGGACGAAGCGCCGCAGGUCGACGUUGGGCUGAGCCAAACGGCCUGACGCUGACGCCGCGCCGCACGGUGUCGCCCAAGGCCGAUGGCCGAGUGGCCCGAUGUGGCUCCGGGGAUCUCCGGAAGCCUCCGGCCUCGCCCCAGGCGGCGCUUUCUGCUGGCCAGCUCGUGACGGCGAUGAAGGCCUCCGGCCUGGAGAGCCGCCUGGAGGAGUUGGAGGCGGCGCUGGGCCUGGUGCUGGAGGAGAGAUGACCUCCGUCGCAAGGCGCGGGCCGGAAGUGCCCGCCCGUAAUUCGUGCAGGCCAGCGCCAAGCACCCCGAACUCGGCCCCGCGAUCGAAGACGCGGCUCCGAGAAGUCGAGGGAAGGUCGCUGGCAAACGGGG